CCAGAAAUUUCAAAUUUGUUCAGAGGAAAGCUGCGGGUUUUCAUUUUUUUUUUUUUUAAUUUGACAAAGUGGGAGUUUUUUUUUUUUUUUUUUUUUUCUCUCAUUGUGACAAGUGGCAUUUCAAGACUGCAAAUAAAUUGAAGAUGUUUUGAAUCUCCUUGGGUUUGGACUUAAUUCUGUGAGCAGUAGUGCCUGUUUAGGAGCUGGACCUGUAGUGUGAGAGAAGAUACGCAGGAUGGCUCAGGGAUCCGGGGACCAGAGAGCAGUGGGGAUUGCUGAUCCAGAAGAGAGUUCUCCCAACAUGAUUGUCUACUGCAAAGUAAGAUGCCCAGGGAGCCACUGGGCAUGCUGCCUCUGUGUGUCUGUUCUCGGUGAGGGCAGACUGAUGAUUGAGGACAUCAUUACGAAGAUGCAAGACGACAAGACGGGAGGUGUGCCCAUCAGAACAGUUAAGAGCUUUCUCUCCAAAAUCCCCAGUGUCGUCACAGGUACUGACAUUGUGCAGUGGCUUAUGAAGAACCUUUCCAUUGAGGACCCAGUCGAAGCAAUACACCUGGGGAGCCUUAUUGCCGCCCAGGGCUACAUCUUCCCGAUCUCAGAUCACGUUCUCACCAUGAAGGAUGAUGGCACUUUCUACCGUUUCCAGGCUCCUUACUUCUGGCCUUCAAACUGCUGGGAACCUGAAAACACGGACUAUGCCAUCUAUCUCUGUAAGAGGACAAUGCAGAACAAAGCAAGGCUGGAGCUGGCCGACUACGAAGCAGAAAACUUAGCGAGACUCCAGAGGGCCUUUGCGAGGAAGUGGGAAUUCAUCUUUAUGCAAGCAGAAGCGCAAGUAAAGAUUGAUCGGAAAAAGGAUAAGACAGAAAGGAAAAUUUUGGAUAGUCAAGAACGGGCCUUUUGGGAUGUCCACAGGCCAGUGCCAGGCUGUGUGAACACAACGGAAAUGGAUAUCAGAAAAUGUCGACGUUUGAAGAAUCCACAAAAGGUUAAAAAGUCAGUGUAUGGUGUGACUGAGGAGACCCAGUCACAGAGUCCAGUGCACAUACCAAGCCAGCCAAUCAGGAAAACUACAAAAGAUGACAUCCGAAAACAGAUAACAUUUUUGAAUGCACAGAUUGACAGACAUUGUUUGAAAAUGUCCAAAGUGGCUGAAAGCUUAAUCACUUACACAGAGCAGUAUGUGGAGUACGACCCUUUCAUAACACCAGCAGAGCCAUCUAAUCCCUGGAUCAGCGAUGACGUCACCUUAUGGGACAUAGAGAUGAGCAAAGAACCCAGCCAGCAGCGAGUAAAACGAUGGGGCUUCUCUUUUGAUGAGAUCCUGAAGGACCAGGUGGGGCGGGACCAGUUCCUUCGGUUCCUGGAGUCCGAAUUCAGUUCAGAAAAUCUCAGGUUCUGGCUGGCUGUCCAGGAUCUCAAGAAGCAACCUCUCCAGGACGUGGCCAAGAGGGUGGAGGAGAUCUGGCAGGAGUUUCUAGCCCCCGGAGCCCCAAGUGCCAUCAACCUCGAUUCUCACAGCUAUGAGAUAACCAGUCAGAAUGUCAAAGAUGGAGGGAGAUACACAUUCGAAGACGCCCAGGAGCACAUCUACAAGCUGAUGAAGAGUGACAGCUAUGCCCGCUUCCUGAGAUCCAACGCUUACCAGGAUUUGUUGCUGGCCAAGAAGAAGCCAGAAAGUGAGCAAGGUCGUAGAACUUCCCUAGAAAAGUUCACUCGCAGUGUGUGCUGCUGGCGCAGAGUCAGAAUGGCCGCCGCGUUUCACCCCCGAGGUGGCUUCCUUCCAGCAGUGGGGAAAGUCGCUAGCGGGCAAGCGCCUCACGGGCCUGACGCAGUCCUCCUGACCGCCCCCCGCCCAAGGGCCAGGGCCCGGGCCGGCAGAGAACCCGGGCAGGCGACGCUCAACAUCCAACGACAGGACUUCCUUGCGGGGAGAUUUGGUCACUGUGAAGGAAAAAGAGUGAGGGCCACUGAGGGCAAUGGUGGAGAGCUAUGGCGGGCGAAUGGGGAGAUCAGAGAGAAGGAAUCCACGGUGCCAGGCCAGCUGGGGGAGGCCCGUUUAGAGCCUCUCUCUCUCGUACCACCAUGCACCAAUGUUAAUUCUCUCUAAGGGUCCAUUUCUAACUUGGUCGGAGAAUGUCUCCUGGGGUUUCUGUCUGACUGUCACUUGAGAUGUUAACCUCACCUGUCCAGUAGUCUGGGGAAUCAUGCCUUCCAGCGAACUUCAGAGGGACGAGUGGACCCUGGGCACAUAGUAUUAAGCACCACCUCCCUGCUCUCUCUGAGACACUCACAGUGCUCACUGCCACAUGCCUCGCCCCCAUGGGUGGCCACCCAGGUGUCUGGGUGGGUGGCAGACACUGCUUUCACAUAAAAUGUCAAAAAUCACACCUUCGGCACCAAUGGCACUUCAAGUUCUUUUCACCCUCUCUCAGACAGCUUUUUAGAGGAGUCUCCACAGGGUGUGGUGGCCACCCUCAGGUCCCAUCGAAUGCCCAAGGCUCCAGAGCUUGAAGCGGCACCAGUGCAGCUAAUGGAAUAUGUUUGUUUAGUCACUGAAAGCUCUGGUAACAUUCUCUCUCUAAAAUAUUAUUACUUCGUGGCUUCUAAUUUUUGCCCCUUGGUUUGUUCCCUUGUGGUUUUUUUUACUCAAAAUAAACAUGGCCAUGAACUCAGGAGCCAUUGGGCUUCUCCCCCACUGGUAGCCCAAGAUGAAAGUUUCUGGAGGUGGAUGGAUUGCAGGGAUGGCAUUUGGUGGUGAUCCUAUCAGGCCUGGCCAGACUCUCACUGGUUUAGAGCUCAGUUAUUCCUGAAGCUAAAAUACAAUAUGCAAUGGCGGGUCCGUGCCAGAGCCACACAAUUCCCUUCCCAACCUUCUUCUGAGGGCCUAGCCAAAGCACUCUCUUGAACGUAGCCCAUCAUCUAGGAAAAAGCAAAAUGCUUAAGCACUUACAGAAGAUCUUCCGUGUUCUUCCUGAGUGUCAGAAUUACCAUUUGCCAACCUGGCUGUGAAGUCUUGCACCUAAAGGCCGCACCAUUGUCCUUGUUGUUGUGAUUGUGCUCACCAUGAGCCCUCAGACACAGCUGUAUUAAGCAACAUGCUUUAAAAUUCAACACCUGUUAGGUUGGCCCUGUCUUUGAUCUAUUUUUGCCAUAAGUGAAAAUUCCCCCUUGAGAGUAUGUUAAGCAGAGAAGGGAAAGGAAGGGAAGGAGGGAGGGAGGAGGGAGGGAGGUUGGGAGGGAGGGAGGGAGGAAGGAAGGAAGGAAGGAGGGAAGGAAGGAAGGAAGGAAGGAGGGAAGCACUGCUUAAGUAAGGAAAUUCACCAGCUGGUGACCAAAGGCCCAAGUAUUUGUUCGGUCUCAGCCUUCUGGGUGUAUCAUGUGACUCCUCUGCCCAGCUUCCACCUACAAAGCCUGUCCAUACUUGCUUCUACACAACCCCAGGUUCACCAGCCUUGGGAGUCCAUCACAGGGGAUCCUCCACAGCACUUAGAAUCCUCCUUAAAAGAUCCUCGGCCAACACCUCUGUUUUCCCAUUCAGUUCUCUUCUUGAGAUACGGUGGGAUUUAGAGGGCAUCUCAGAAGGUGACUGCAAAUGGCCAGACUCUCCCACUGAGCCUGGCUCUUUGCAUAUACUAGGUAACCCACAUAAGUAGUGAGUGAAAGAAAUGAAGCCACAACCCAAGUUAUGGGGUCUUCCAGCUCUUCCUCUCUAGCUCCAUUAAAAAAAAAAAAAUACUCCUCUACAUAGAACCCUCCAGUUUCUGAACAAAAUUAUAGCCCAAGUUCAUCUUCAUCCAGCAUUGCUCAAAGGAAAUUCCCCCAUCAAAGGACCCUAGGCUGUGCUGACACCAAGACAUCUAAUACUCUCAAACAAUGGGUGCAUCUGUGCCCUCAGUCACCCAGGACAAGGAUUCUGGAUGCCUCCUGUACCUUCCAUAGACUGCUGAAUACAUUCUAAGCCAGGCUGCAGCCUGGAUAGGGCAGACUUCUUGGCUGUGGCUUCUGUGUCCUUUUCUGCCCCAGUUCUUGUCUGCUGUUUCUGCACCACCCCGACCUGAGAACUGGCCUCACUCUGCAGGUCCUCACCCAGAGCCAGGUAAACACUAGUCCUGAGAUGGGAACAGGAGGCGUGCUUCUAAACAUGUCCCCUAGGGUACAGAGGAGGGGAGGGUCAGCAGGCUUAGUAGAACCAAGGAUAGGCACUUUAGAUGCAUGCAAGCCUGGAGCAAUCUACUCUCACCCCCAACCUCACAACUGGGGUGAGCUCAGGUAGGGGUCCACUGGGACAUGUGCCUCAGUAGAUCAGGCAAGGAGCAGAGAAAAGAAAGUAGAACAAAGUUGCUCCGUCCAAGUUGACCGGUCCAAGUCACAAGUGACAAGCAACCUUGUCACUCAAGGUUAUAAUGCAAAGAUUAGAAAAGUUGGAUCUCAGACAGCUUCCCUUUUGGCCUGAUGCACACAGACAAAAAUCGAGAUGUUUGGUAAUCGUUCUUCAACAGAGCAGAUUCCUCUGCCCUGUUCUGCCUCCUAGCUGGGCUCUCCUAGCUCAGUGUGGUCUCUGAGAUGAGAAUCUACCCCAUGACGGCUUGUGGAGCAAAUAUCAUUUUGGCGGUCCCCCAGUCUUACCACACGAGACACCCACGGCCCAGUCAGGGAAACAGAAGCUGAAAUAAGCUUUCCCUGCCUGGGAAGGGUGCAGCUGGGAGAUUGUACAACUAAAUACUCGGCAGCUCCCAGAGACCAGACUGACCUAGGUAGCCAAGAGAAACAGCCUGCCAUUUUAGAAAGGGGCUUGCCAGUUUCAUUUCCCUGGCAAGCUGCUGCUGUGCCCCAGAAAUAAAGGGAGGCCCAACUGCCAGUGCAGGUAGUUAAAGUCUACUCCAGGCUUGCCUACUGCUUAGUAGCCAGGUGUCAGGCCAAUAUCCAGGAAGGGCCUCUUACAAUGCUCAGUUGCUGCUUGGACUAGCCAACUAUAUGGGACGUGCCCAGCAGGAUUCCUGGGAUGUUCAAACUACCUCACCAACAGGACACAGAACCAGGAGCCUGGACCCUUGCUUGUUGUGGAAGUUGGUGUUUUUGUUUUUGUUUUUUUUCUGAAAUGUGCCCUCCUGUUCUGUUCUGCAUGUGUGGGCUUCAGAAGACAGCACCAAGAAGCCUUCCCAGAAUGGGGGAAGGAUAGAGAGCUUGAGGGCUGUUCAUCUUUGGGCCCUGGAGAAUUUCCUGGAGGAAAAUGUUCCAGCAAGUUCCGGGAACUGGGAAGCCCAGGUCUGGGGAGAGAUAAUGUGUCACCAGCCUCUAAAAGGACCUAGCUGAGAUGAAUAUGUGGCAAAGACCAUGAGAUAGUUGAAUAGUGGUCAAAUAAAUUGCUAGUAACUCAUCACCAGACCCUCUGAAAGAGGCCUGUGCUCAUGUAACUAUGGCAACAGCAGAUGCCAGCAACCUACUCAUUAGUGCCACCCAGUGAUAAGGCCUCCCCCUGGGCAAGAUCCAGGGGCCAUCAAGUAGCAAAGUAGCAAAUGUAGCAAUAAGGGGCCUUGGACCCUGAGGUGGCAGGAUCCAAAUAGCAGGGGCUCAGCCUUCCCCAAGCCUCAGAGAUGGGGGCAGAGCCAGCUGCCAUCAGCUGCAUGGGGUUAGGGAGCCCUGCCCACACCACGGGUCCCUGUCCUAUAGCCUUUGACCAUUCACCGCAUGAUCACAGACACGUUGGAAUGGCCUCCUCAUAGUGCAUGUGGUUCUCAUUAGUUUAUUUUUCUGGAAUUUGGGGACUGGACCCCAGGACCAAACAAUGCUGGAAACGGUCUAAAAAUAAACAACUACUUGAACCUACUAAAA